AAAUCCUAAAACCAUCUUUACCAACAACAAAAAAACAUUUUUUUUCCGGCAAUGGCUCAAACCACAACCAGAAUCCUUCUCCUGGCCGCAUGGUUGGUGGCGGCCACGGCCGUUUCGGCUCAGGCGCCAUCCCCCGGCAGUCCGAAUUGCUCCGUCAGUGAUCUUUCGGUCUGUGCCUCGGCCGUGCAAGGAGAAAACCCUAACGAGAAAUGUUGCUCGGCCUUGGCCAUGGCCAUAAAGACUGAGCUUCCGUGCCUCUGUCACCUCUUCUCCUCCGUUCCUAAUCCCGAAGUCGCCCUUUCUAUCCCUAAGAAAUGCAACCUUCCGGUCGAUGCCAACAUUUGCUCCGCUUCACACGCUCCACCGCCCCAAGCCCUAGCACCACAAGCGGGAUCACCCAAGGGUCAGAAGGGUGCCGCAGCAAAGAUGACGGGAACUGGAUUGUUCGGAUUAUUCUUAAUCUCAAUUACCAUGAUGUUUUAUUAAGAAAUAAUCUUAAUAAAACAUCUUUUAAAUCGUUAUUAACAAGAUUUAUAUGUGAGAAAUUGGUGUAUCGUGCUUUGUUAUUGUAUCGCUUUUUUUUAAAAAAAAAAAUUCACAAUGUAUAAAUUUAUGCGAUUUUAUUAUUGCCGCUGUCGUGCAUCUGUA